AUCAUGUCCUCAUUCAUUUUUACACUAUUAUUUUACUUUAUUCUGGGGUUUUUGUCAUACCAAAACAUGUUCAAGCAAUCUUUUUUAUUUUUUACAGUUUUACUUGACAUAUUCCCUAUUUAAGAAGAAUGGGACCUUUUCAGGCAUACGAGGUAAAGGAAAAGGGAAGCAUGCGCAGCCGUAUCCCUCGAUUUGUCCUCCACCCCUUGCGUACUAAAGCAAAGGAGUCAUCAGUGUCCAACAUGCCAUUGUCAGAAGAAGAGAGCAAGGAUUUUGACAUUAGCUCCCAGCACUCGAAAAGAACCAUCAGUCCUAACAGCCUGUCCUCAGAUGAUACUGGAUGCCCAAGCAGUCAAUGUGUGUCACCAACCAAGACCCUAUCAGGCUCUGACAACAGCACAUUGGGUUCACCCGCUCUGGGAGAGCGCAAGGUCAAGGUGAAAAGAGUUCGGAUGAACAUAGUGGCCGAGUGGAGCACCCCCACACAGAAGCACAAGACACGAGAGAAGCAACAGCAUUCACCCAUUAUGCAAAAAGGCAGUGAGACAGAUUUCAGCUCAUCUAGAAGCACUGGAAGCUACAAGACACAUGAAACUCAGCCCAGCAACUCUGCAGGGAAGAACUCAUCUUCUCGGAGCCGUGGGCUUCAGAUCAGAAACCUGCCUGUGUUCAAGCCUGCAGGAAGCCCUACUGCCCCUCGCGAUGCAGAGCUUUAUGCUCCAUACAGGACACCCCCAAAAGCCCCCUCCAUUACCAACAGCAGUAGCAACUCCAGUUCUACCAGAAGAAGAACAACUCCUGUACGCUACCAUUCCUGCGGAGACAAUCAUGGCAUCAAGCCUCCCAAUCCAGAGCAGUACCUUACCCCUCUACAGCAGAAAGAGGUAGCCAUACGACACCUCAAGACAAAACUCAGAGACUCACAGAACACCAUUUGUGACCGGGAGGCUGAGAUUGGGGAGCUGAAGUCCCAACUAGGGCGUAUGCGAGAGGACUGGAUAGAGGAGGAAUGCCACCGUGUGGAAGCUCAGCUAGCUCUUAAAGAAACACGCAGAGAGAUCAAGCAGCUGCGGCAAGUGGUGGAAACCAUGAAGAACAGCCUCAUGGAGAAGGACAAGGGCAUCCAGAAGUAUUUUAUUGACAUAAACAUACAAAACCGAAAGCUGGAGUCCUUGCUCCUCAGCAUGGAGUUGGCGCAGAAUGGCUGCAACUUACAGGAUGAGCCAACACUGGACUUUAUCUGUGAGUCUUCAGAAAGUUCCGCUGCAGGCAAGUUGGAGAUGGAGCUACAUGGUGAAGAACAAGCGGUGGAAGAGAUGGCUGAUAGUAAGCUGCUGGCCAAUGAUGAGAUGGCCAGCAGAGCAGACAUUCUGGAGGCGGUUCUCAUGUCCACUGCAGUUGAUUCCAGUCAGGAUGGUGGCACCAAGGUCAUUCCCCAACCAGGACUGUCCAACUUGGAGCUGAGUGUCUUGGAAAAGAGCACAGGGGGACAUAUCUCAACCGACCCCUUUGAUGCAGAAGAUAAAAGUGUCCAGACUGAUGAGAUGAUUUACACUGCUGAUCUCCAAGCCCUCCUUUUCCAGCUGCUAAAGCUCCAAGGUGGUGGCUUCCCUGGCCUUCUUAUUUCUUUACCCCACCAAUCCCAGGAUUCACAUUCAGCACAGGUUCCCAAAAAGGUUGAGGACUUGCCUGAAGCACAAAAACCCAUAAAGGAGGAGGAUUUACCUGAAGCACAAGAUUUAGUCAAAGAUGUUGGCCCCAUUUGCACCAGUACUGCCCAAAACACUAAUAGUGAUUCCAGUCUGGGUUUUUCUGAGCCCAAAAUGAGUCCCCAGUUCAUGGAAGAGCUAAAUUUCAACCUCAAGAAUCCCAAGAACACCUCUAGCAUGGCAGUGGUGGGAAAAAGCCACUGGAGCAACAACUUCUUUGUUGAUCUGGUUGCUGUGGCAGCACCUGUUCUCCCCACGGUGGCGUGGCUCUAUUCGCAGCAUGGUUUGGUCGGAGGGGCUCCUUUGUACAACAUUGCAGCUUUAAUUCGAGGCUGUUGCAUUAUGGGAUUGCACUCACUCCGCCAUGUCUCUCACAGGCCAAACACUUAGUGGCCCUCACCCACAGUUACAUCAGGAGCACUUAUAAAUGCAAUCUUAAAGUAGAAAUUGUGUUCUUGUUCACCUGUGAUUAUUUGCAUACACUUAUUUUACAUUGAGUUGCGAAUCAUUCCUACUUUGCACUGUGUAUUUUUGCAAUCUGAGGCACAAAGGAUGAAUUUAAGGGGAAAUAAAGGGACUUGUUUUGUCUUUUUUUUGUUAUUUAUUGCUCUUAUGUUUAUGUAUAAAUAUUUUUUUGCAUAAUCCGAUCAUCUGGGUAGGUGAUUGUUGCUCGAGUCUUGUUCUUUGCUGACUGCUAUUCCCUGCUUUUUAUAAAAGAGUAAUUUAGUGUGACAAUAGGGGUUAAUUGUCAGUUGGCCGUCGUUUUUGUUGUAGUUAAAUUGUCACGUGUGUUCCAAAAGAACAAAAAACUUCUGCCAAAGCUUACAUGUGUUCAGUGUUUUAAGUGAAACUGUAUUUCUCUCCCUGGAGUUAGAGCUUUUACAUGUUGCACUGUGAACUAACAUUUACCAAUAAAUGGCAGCACUUUCCACAGUACAGCAAACACUUGUUAUGUGCCUGAGCUAUGUGCAAUAUUUUUGUUUAUAUCAGAUGUAUAUCAUAUUUAUUAUUAAAGCAUGGAAAACCUCUCCAA